AUGGCAUGUGCAGAUGCUAAGAAGAUUCGUUAUGGUACUUAUAUGCUAUCUGAAGAAGCAGGGUAUUGGUGGGAUAAUGCUAGACAGAGGUUUGAGGCUAAUGGUACAAUGAUUACUUGGGUUGUUUUCAAGGGAGCAUUCUUGGAAAACUAUUUCCUGGAUGAUGUGUGUGGCAGGAAAGAGGUGGAAUGCCUUGAACUUAAGCAAAGAAAUAUGACUAUUGCAGAUUAUGCCUCCAAAUUUAAAGGAUUGUAUAAGUGUAUCAAGUUUGAGAAAGGACUCUGCCCAGAGAUUAAGCAAUUUAUUGGGUAUCAGGAAAUCCGCCAGGUCUCUGUGAUGGUUAACAAGUGUCGUAUCUAUGAUGAAGACUUUUGUGCUAGAUCCUCCCAUUACAAGAGUGCCAGUGACAAGAGAAAUGGUAACCUGAAUCAUGGAAAACUGUAUGGUGAUCCAUUUGUUAAAGGGAAACAAAGGAAUUUUGAUGAGAAAAAGCCAAGUGAGGCAGGAGUACCUAAUUCUGUGAGGUGUUAUAAAUAUGGUGAGUUUGGGUAUCGCAUCUCUGAGUGCAAAAGUAUCAUUAUGAACUGCUUCAAGUUUGGGAAGCCAGGACAUCGAGAUGCAGAAUGCAGGAGUAAUGUUGUUACUUGUUACAACAGUGGAUAA